AUGGCGUGCUGGACGCUGGCUGCCACCACUUGCCGGCGCACUUGCUGUGUGGGCGCGGGUGCCGGUUUGCGGCUCGUGGCCCUUGCUGUGCUCGCAGUGGUGGCGGCGGCCCUCAGCGCUGCGCCGCCUGCACUGGCUGUCGACGGCAACGGCGGCGGCUCCAACGACCCGGUGUACCUGCUCAACGCCAUGUACUCUCUCGACCCGUUCAUGGCGAACGAUGCGAAGGCGCUGUGGCUGGGCAUCGACGCCGCGCUGUACGCGUCUGGCUACAAGACUGCUAACGGGCGGCCGAUUAAGAUCGUGGACCCUGACCCGAAAGUCGACCCGUCCAACAUAACGGCUGUCGUGAGGAAGGCGCUUGAGGACUACCCGACGCUGCUUGGCGUGAUUGGGCCCUUCUUGGACCCGCUCAUGUGGAGCGUGCUGGAGACUGCUGCGUUUCGGGACAUGGACUUGAUGUUCCUGGGCCCGUUCACGGGGUCGAGUGCGGUGCGCGUGUGGAGUGACAGUGUGUACUACAUGCGUGCGGAGCCGCGGACGGAGAUUACAGUGAUGCUGACGCACAUCCUGAAGACGAUUCGCGCGCGCCGCACUGCGUUCAUGUACCUGACGGGUGUGCAGUUCGGCGACUCGGAGUACCAGAUGGUAAGGGCGGUGUUCGCCUCUUUCUCGCUCGAGCCGCCAGCUCUGUACUCCGCGCCGCACUCGAUGACGGACUCUGCUGUGGACAUGACGGUCUUCGAUGCGAUGGCGAACACGUACCCGCAGGUGAUCAUUCUGUGGGGGAUGCCCGGGAGGCAGGUUGCGGAGUUCCUGCGGGUCGUGCUGACGGACCCGCGCACGUCGUCGGCGUACAUCAUGACGUGCUUCCCGCUGCAGAGGAUCGCGUUUCAGGUGUACUACGACCUUGCGAUGGCCGGGAAGCUGACGCCUGUGGACGGACAGCUCAUGUCGAGCGCCAACACACUUCCUGUCUCUUAUGCCAAUGUGCAGCACGUUGAGCUGUUCCGUGCCGAGAUGGGGAAGUACAUGGAGCAGACCGGCCGCGUCGACGCGAGCCUGUGGGCUGACGAGGCAAAGGCUGUGCGGGAGUACGGCCCUUGGGGGCAUGAGCCACCGUCGUCGGACUCUGCCGCGGACGUGAGGAGGUUCUUCAACGAGCACCCGAGCAGCACGCAGCUGAUGUUUGCUGGGUGGCUUCCCGGGAAGGUGAUCAUGCAGACGCUGGAUCAGCCGCUCUGGAUCACGGAUCGAAGGGCGUACGUGACGGGGCUCUUUGAUCAAAACCGAUAUAUGAUUGCCGGAGACAUUGUGAUUGGCGACUACGGCGCUCCCUGCACUCCUGUUGCCGCGUUUCUCGGUGCUGUGUGCUACUGCAACCAGGGCGGGCGCGCCGCUAUUCUCCAACACCUACACAAGGCGUCGUGGACGUUCUCAUUCCAAUCCGCCUUCAACUACGCGCAGUCCGUCUGCUACUUGAAAAACAUCGCGGUGUCGAAGCCGCUGAGCGCUCUGAUACUGAACUUCUCCGACCUCCCGAAGCUGACGGCUGCUGCUGCACGGAUGAGGACGGUAAUUCAAAAUGCAGUCGACGGAAGCGGUUUGGACUUUGCCGCGUUCAACCCGGCGAUGCUGAACGCGACGCAAGCGACGGGGCAGGGUAUUCUUGACCGGGAGCUCUUGAACUACACUGUGGAUGUGAUCACCGGUCCGCUGCUUCGAAGCAUUGACGUGAACGGCACGCUGGUGAUCUCUCCCGUGUUCAACCGGCCGAGCAUAGUGGUGCCGAAGUCGAACUACCUGUUCCUGAUGCCGACACUGGAGCAGGAGAUGUACGUCCUCUACUCGAGGAUGGCAGUCGUGACUGCCGUGACGUCGAUCAGCGCAGGUGUGAACCUUGUGCUGCACGAGUACAGCAGCGCGAGCGUGCGUGACAUCACAGCACUGGGGGUGAAGACGGCCGCCACGUUCAACCUCCCCGACCCCUCCACCGCGGGCAUCUCGCCGGGGGCGUCUGUGGCGACUUCGCUUGCACCUGAUAAGAUCAACUUUGUUCUUGGGAU